AUGCUGAGGCCUCCGGGCUCAGCGCCUUGCGUCGUCGUGCCUGCUGCUGCUGCUGCUGCUGCUGCUGCUUCCACCUCGCUUGCCUGCCUCAUGCAGAAGCAGCAGCAGCAGCAGCAGCAGCAGGACCGCCUCCAGCAUGCAGAACAGCAGCUCAAGCAGCAGCAGCAGCGGCAGCAGCAGGCCACCCAGCAUGAGGAGCAGCAGGAAGCGAAGCAGCAGCAGCAGCAGCAGCAGCAGCAGCAGCAGCAGCAGCAGCACGCACUGCAGCAGCAGCAGCAUGUGUCGCCGUGCGUCAAGGAAAUGGAUGUCCUCUCAGCAGCCCCAGCAGCAGCAGGGGCGCCGGAGCUGCAGAAGUCUCCAUCUCCUGAGAGCAGCAGCAGCAGCAGCAGCAGCAGCACGAGCAGCAGCAGCAGCAAGAGCAGGAGCAGCAGCAGAGUCCGGACUUGCCGUUUGGUUGCAGUGAAGAGCGAAGAGCCCGAGGGCCUCCCGUCUCCUGCUGCAGUCCCCUCGCCGCAGCCCCCCAAAGCAGCAGCAGCAGCAGCAGCAGCAGCAGCAGACGCAGCAGCAGCAGCAGACGCAGCAGCAGCAGCAGCAGACGCAGCAGCAGCAGCAGCAGCAGGCG